CGACGUGGACGCCCCCCAACAGGAAGCCAGUCUGCAUUUUGGCUACGUGGAAGUAGCUCCUGGUAUUUCCAAGGCUGAGAGCAUCUGCCGCCCUCGUCCGUCACCUCCAGUUAAAAUGAUUAAAAAGUUUGAUAAGAAGGACGAAGAGUCUGGAAGUGGGUCAAACCCUUUCCAGCACUUGGAGAAGAGUGCAGUUUUGCAAGAGGCACGGAUCUUCAAUGAGACCCCCAUCAAUCCAAGAAGAUGUCUCCAUAUCCUCACCAAGAUCAUCUACCUUCUCAAUCAGGGAGAGCAUUUUGGGACCACCGAAGCCACUGAGGCUUUCUUUGCGAUGACGAGGCUGUUCCAGUCUAAUGAUCAAACCCUGAGGAGGAUGUGCUACCUGACUAUCAAAGAGAUGGCAAACAUCUCUGAGGAUGUCAUCAUUGUCACAAGCAGCUUAACCAAAGACAUGACUGGGAAAGAAGACGUGUACAGAGGUCCAGCCAUCAGAGCUCUGUGCAGAAUUACAGAUACCACCAUGCUGCAGGCCAUUGAAAGAUACAUGAAGCAGGCUAUUGUGGACAAGGUGCCCAGUGUGUCCAGUUCAGCCCUGGUCUCCUCUCUGCACAUGGUGAAGAUGAGCUACGAUGUGGUGAAGCGCUGGGUGAAUGAAGCCCAGGAAGCUGCCUCCAGUGACAACAUCAUGGUCCAGUACCACGCUCUGGGCCUGUUGUAUCACCUCCGGAAGAACGAUCGUCUCGCUGUGACCAAGAUGCUCAACAAGUUCACCAAGUCUGGCCUGAAGUCGCCGUUCGCCUAUUGCAUGCUGAUCCGCAUCGCCAGCAAACUGCUGGACGAGACGGAGGGCGGUCACGACAGCCCCUUGUUUGACUUCAUCGAGAGCUGCUUGAGGAACAAGAACGAGAUGGUCGUUUACGAGGCUGCAUCCGCCAUUGUCCACAUGCCCAACUGUACUGCCAGAGAGCUGGCGCCUGCUGUCUCAGUUCUCCAGCUCUUCUGCAGCUCCCCUAAAGCAGCCCUGAGAUAUGCUGCUGUCAGGACCCUCAACAAGGUGGCCAUGAAACACCCGUCGGCUGUGACCGCCUGCAACCUGGACCUGGAGAACCUGAUCACCGAUUCCAACCGCAGCAUCGCCACCCUGGCCAUCACCACACUGCUGAAGACUGGCAGUGAGAGCAGCGUGGACCGCCUCAUGAAGCAGAUCUCCUCCUUUGUCUCUGAGAUUUCGGAUGAGUUCAAGGUGGUGGUCGUUCAGGCCAUCAGUGCCCUGUGUCAGAAGUAUCCCAGGAAGCACAGCGUCAUGAUGAACUUCUUGUCCAACAUGCUGAGAGACGACGGCGGCUUCGAGUACAAGCGGGCUAUUGUGGACUGCAUCAUCAGCAUCAUCGAGGAGAACCCUGAGAGCAAAGAGACGGGCCUGGCCCAUCUGUGUGAGUUCAUCGAGGACUGUGAGCACACAGUGCUGGCCACCAAGAUCCUGCACCUGCUGGGUAAAGAGGGGCCGCGGACCCCACAGCCCUCUAAGUACAUCCGCUUCAUCUUCAACCGGGUGGUGCUGGAGAGUGAGGCAGUUCGUGCAGCUGCUGUGAGCGCUUUAGCUAAAUUUGGAGCUCAGAAUGACGAUCUGCUGCCGAGCGUCCUGGUUCUCAUGCAGAGGUGUAUGAUGGACAGCGAUGACGAGGUCAGAGACAGAGCUACUUUCUACAUGAACGUGCUGCAGCAGAAGCAGAAAGCUCUGAAUGCUGCUUAUAUUUUUAAUGGUCUGUCCGUGUCCAUUCCUGGCCUGGAGAAGUCCCUCCACCAGUACACCCUGGAGCCCUCGGAGAAGCCUUUCGACAUGAAGUCUGUACCUCUGGCCACCACUCCAAUCACAGAGCAGAAAAUGGAAAUUGCUCCUGUUGCUACGAGCAAACUGCCAGAGAAGUUGGCUCCAUCACGGCAAGACAUCUACCAGGAACAACUUGCUUCCAUCCCAGAAUUCCAGGCUCUCGGCCCAUUAUUCAAGUCGUCAGAGCCGGUACAGCUGACGGAGGCCGAGACGGAAUACGUGGUUCGCUGCAUCAAGCACACAUUCGCCCGACACAUGGUGUUCCAGUUCGACUGCACAAACACGCUGAACGACCAGCUGCUCCAAAAGGUGGUAGUACAGAUGGAGCCAUCAGAAGCCUACGAGGUAGCGCACUACAUCCCAGCCCCCAGCCUCCCUUACAGCCAGCCCGGCUCCUCCUACACUUUGGUGCGGCUGCCUGACGAUGACCCCACUGCAGUGUCCUGCACAUUCAGCUGUACAAUGAAGUACCUGGUGAGAGACUGUGACCCAAACACAGGAGAGCCUGAUGACGACGGUUACGAUGAUGAAUAUGUGCUGGAGGACCUGGAAGUGACGGUCGCAGAUCACAUACAGAAAGUUCUGAAACCAAACUUUGGCGCAGCAUGGGAGGAAGUGGGAGACGAAAAUGAGAAGGAGGAAACAUUUGCCCUGGCAUCUGUGCGAACACUAGAUGAGGCGGUGGGUAACAUCAUCAGCUUCCUGGGAAUGCAGCCCUGUGAACGCUCUGACAAAGUUCCUGAAAACAAGAACUCUCAUGUUCUCUUUCUUGCUGGUGUGUUCCGAGGAGGUCACGAUGUCCUGGUUCGGGCCCGUCUGGCGCUGGCUGAUGGCGUCACCAUGCAAGUGACGGUUCGCAGCACAGAGGAGACUGUUGUCGAUGUAAUCCUUGCGUCUGUAGGCUAGAACUACAAAUAUGUGCCAACUAAUGACACAAAGCAUGCGGCAGCCCUUAUCCAUCAUUUCCUCAGUCCUGAAGCUUAACUCGUUAUUGUGAUUCCUGGUACAAAUGUUUUAUAUCUUCUAUGUAAACUAAAACUUUUUGGUUUUUCCAUCUUUUUGUUUCUUUCAACUUCACAAUAAAGUUGGUCAAAAUGCAACUUUAAA